AUGGAUUCGUCCGCGUCUACACCCUUGGCGGACUACUUCUGGAUCGCCGGUGUCGAGUCAAUUUCUUAUCAGGACCCCUUAUUACCUACCCAGUCCUCUCAGCAGGUCAAUGAGACCAUAGAUGAACAUGGCGAACCUGAGCUGGCUGACGCCUCUCAGGGCCCGGCAGCAUACCGAACGAACACGCGUCACUCCCGCCAGAGUUCUGCGAACCGCCUUUCCAAGCUAUCUUUCGAAAACCGCUUUUCGAUGCAAACACUUGAGGAUCUCGACGACAAUACACGCAGCAACCGCAGCAGCACAACCAUCAAAGCGCCCUUGCAGACAAGGGCGAGUGCGACAAGCCUUUCAAGCUCCACGAAAGCGACACUGGAAGGCAAUCCAAACGGUGCUACAAGUGCUAACGGAACAGUCAGCCAGGCUGAUGUCGACUUUGAUCAAAUGCUACUUAAAUUCGCUGUGGAGCGGGAGAACUUUCUUGAGGAUCUUAGUUUCAGUGCGGGCGCGAAAUUACACACAAGACCGCCGAUGAUCAGCCCACGUCCUGAAAAAAUAAAGGUCGACGACGGCGAGCACACUGGCCGUCGUAGCCCACUCCGCGGCAUCAAGGGUAGCAUUCGCCGAAAGUUAAGUUUCCGAGACAUGAACAGCGUUCGAAAACCUCACAAUACAGCGCGAACAGCCUCCGUACGUACGAGCAAACGAUUGAGCAACUACAACUCUGUCAUCCCACCUCCUGAGCCCUUGAAUUCCGAUACGGACAUGCACCCUCUGAAACGGCGGUUUGAGCCUAUUCUACUAGACCGAUACCCUCCUCGGGAUGCCACAGAGGAAAUCCUUCGCAGGGGCAAAUUCCCCGACUAUGUACCCAUGUUUGCUUUCCCUAACGACAUUCAAAUUGUUUCGUCUGACGACCGCCCUCGGUCUACCUGGCACGGGUUUACUAUGACGUCUGACGACAACUCCAAAAUGUACGGCAUUUGCAUUACAAUAUGGACUGUCCUGAAAGCAGACACCGCCGAAGAAGUCGAAAAGCGAUGUGAGCAGUGGCGCCAAAGCCACAUGUUGGAUGAGGAGCGAGAACUAGCUGCUAGUUUGGGCAUGCGCCUUGCCGCAGAAAGAGCAAAUCUUUCCCAAUUGCUCGCCAAGUUGCCUGGAAUACCGUCUGGCUCACCAGCGCGAGAAGUAUUGGAUGACCAGAUCAGCACAGUCGAGGAAAAGAUCAGCCUGAUGGCCGAGAUGCUUCGGCCUCUCCGGCACGGUGCCGCCUCCAAAAUCGAUGGACUGACUUCGGGCGAAACGGGCCUUUGGAUACCCAGAGCCUAUGGCAUUCUGGGACGCGACCAUACACGGAUGUCUUUUUGGAAGGAGUGGCUGAGGGCGGUCAUUGUUCCCAUGACUGAUGGGGCUGUCUUGCGCAUUCCUCCCAGCUCGCCAAAGGUUGGCCGGUGGCAGCCCCUAGAGCGUUAUGUGGUCAACCUGUGCACUGAGGCUUUCAGCCCACUUAGCUCCAAAACGCAGGUUGAGCUAGGGGUACGCGAGCUCCGACUAUAUGCACGGAAAGAAGCGGCCAACGAACUCCCGGGCAGUCGGAAUGUGGAUUUGUUUGCACUUUUCCGCUGCCUAUCACUGGAGAAUAUUGUCACGCUGUUCGAAUAUGUCAUGGUCGAGUCGCGCAUCAUCUUCAUUUCCUCUCAUUCGGCCAUGCUAUAUCUUGCAUGCCACGCCAUUGCGAAUCUGCUAUACCCGCUAAAGUGGGCGAGUAUAUUCAUCCCAUUGCUACCUGCACGCCUUUUGUCGGUCGUAGAUGCCCCAUGUCCCUACAUUGUUGGCAUAGAACGACGCUAUGAACGUAUCGAUCUUCCAGAGGACGAUUUUGUUCUAGUUGACCUUGAUAAAAACACAAUCGAGGCCACGUCCUCUCCUACACACAUGCCGCGCCAACACCGUCGCAAGUUGCUGUCCCUUCUACAAAUGGCCGCUCCGCAUCAACUACGCUAUGGUGUACCUCCAGGGCCGCCUCCAUAUGCUAUGGAGACGUUCCCAUACGAUUCCUUUUCCGCCGAAAAUGAGUCUCUGUUGAACCCCAUAGCGCCUCCAGCCACUCUUGGCAAAUGGGUGACGCAAAAUUCGACUAGCUUUGGAGAGCCGGAGGCCUCGGGUGCGUUGCGAAUCCCUAUCUUUAACGCAUUUGUUCAACUCAGAAACGAGUUUGCCCGUGCCGACCGACCUCAUACGGCGAGAUCCAACAAAACUAGCCCACCUGCUUCACUGUCUCCCAUAUCUACAAGCUUUCCACAAGUUCCAUUGACUCCCGUAUCACGAAGCGACUCUGGUUUUGCUGUUACCCAGACGUUACGCGAGAAAAGGUCUGGGCAUUUUGACGAAAAGUCAAGGCGAAGCUCGUCAUUUGGCGUUGCAGAUCCGAACCAUCCUCUACACAGGCCCAGCCUGCAGUAUCUCAACGGCCACAGUCACACACAGAGUAUGUCCAUCUCAGCAGUUUCAGUUGAUUCUCAAUCUUCGUACGGCGGGUAUGCCCCCUCGACGUAUGCACAAUCUACGCUUGCAGCGUCUACUGUGAUGCCAAACAUGAUAGUCCAACCCGUGCGCAACACGGAGACGACAAUGUGGGUCGAAGGGCAUUGCUUUACUUGGAGCCGUGAGGAUGCAUCGGGGACAUGCGGCAUCUGCGAGGAGCGUUCAGAUGGUGAUGGCCUUUAUCGAUGUGUAGGGUGCAAGUGCCUUUCUCACAAUAGGUGCCUGGGUUUCGCUUCUUUGGUGUGCCCUGAGGCGUUCAGCGCCGACAAGGUUCGAGCUGCUUUUGUUCGUUGUCUCGCCAGCAUCUUCUACACAUACCGAAAGCACCUCACCCGCCCAACGAAAGAGCAAAGGUCAAACGGGCAAGUAUUUGCUUUUGAUACCGACGGAUUCAUCAAGAGCUUGCCCUAUGACCAGCAAGAAUACGUGUCUAUGCUGAGAAAUACGCAAGCAUUUAACGAGUUCAUCUACGAACGCGAAAGGUCCCCCCCGGGACACUCUUCGACAAGGUUAUUUGACGAGAUCAUCCUUGCAAAGAAGGCCCGCGGCCGACCAGUGUUAGGCGGAUUUGGUGGCCUGUCACGUCUGUCCACUAUUAAGGCUUCGCAUGGCGUCUCCUCCGGGACGGUGUCCGGCUCUAAGCAAGCUCGCAUACCCCCUUAUCUAAGUGACACGUCGGAUCAUAUUUGGCGAACUGCUUCCGUUCCGGUACCGAGCGCGAAGUUUCCCGGUGAAUACCGAGCAGUGACAACUAGAGUUCCAUCAAAGCUAGAUCCGUCGCUAAUGAAAGAGCCAAGGGCCAUUCAGGGGGUGCCGCGACCGGACCAGCGUGGAUCUAGAAAUCUGAUAAGGAAACAGGUUGCCAGUAUGCUUGGCCCACCCGCACCCAACAACGAUUUCAUCUAA